UCUGACGAAGCGUAGGACCAUAAGUGAGAGGGACUUAUUAUUAGGCGCUAUGACGAUAUUCGUUGUUUGCUGGCUGAAGACUGAAGACGACGAGUUAGAUGUACAGGAUAACUAGAAUCUACAUAAAAGAAGACCUGCGCUUGUACGGAGAACACAAGUACCCUUACACUAGCUGGUACUUCAUUAGUUGGCCUUGUGCCUCAUAAUUGUUAGUUGUUGUCUCCGUAUAAUUCUUCAAACAGAAAACCGUAAGCAAGCUGUCGGCGCCCUAGCAAUAUUUGGCACCUCUUCUUCAUUAGCUGAGUCCAUCCCAGCCGUCCAGGGCUCAUCGUCGCUCAUCCCUCAUCGACGUCUUUGUCCCGAGGGCUACGGCCGGGACUGGAACCUGCUUAUCACGUGAAUUUACACUACACCCCGCUGAUUAAUCAACAUCACCUGAUUCCAUACAUUAUCGCCACCGACGACACAUUUAUCCCUCCAUCAUCAACACCACUUCAUCUCAGCUGAGUGCCUCACCCCCGAAAGGAUACGCGCAGCAUGUCUUUCACCAUCCGCCAGCCGUUCAGACUUACCGGCACCCUUGCCGCCGUCUCCAAGACGGCCUUCAAAUCCGCCGCUCCAGCCCGGGCUUUCCACCACGCCCCCGCCACAAAGGCCAUCUUCACCUUCCGCACUGCCUCGUCAAUUAAGAACCCCCCCAUAAUCAAGAACGGCUUCAAGCAGACGCGCGCCUAUAAUGUGCAGCCAACCACUGUCGCGAAUCCGUCGGCGAACGGCAGUCUGAUGCAGCGCCUCCUCGUCGGCGGCGCCAUGUUCGGUGGCACCCUGUUCGCCAUCAACAUGGUGUUCAACCGCGAGACACGCGAGGAUGGCGGCAUGCCACCCUUCGAGCGGUCAUACCUCAACGAGACGUUCAUGCACACCGGGCUGGGCGUCGGCAUCAUCGGUGUCGCCGCGCGGGCCAUGUACACCUCGGGCUUCGUAUACCGCAUCAUGGCCACGAACCCAUGGAUCGUGAUGAUUGGUGGUCUCGCGCUGAGCUUUGGUACCAUGAUCGGAACGAGGAACACUGACCCGUCGAACUACGUCCAGAAGUACGGAUUGUGGACUGCGUUUAACGUUACCCAGGCUGCGUUUAUCGCGCCGCUGAUGUUCAUGGCUCCUCCUGCGAUUAUGGCCCGCGCUGGUCUCUACACGAUUGCCAUGAUGGGAUCUAUUGCUUUCGUUGGUGCUACCGCUAAGAACGACAAGUACCUCUAUCUCGGUGGACCGCUGCUUGCUGGUGUCGCCAUCGUUGCUGUCUCUGGUUUCGCUCCCCUCGUCCUCCCCGCCACCGCCGUCCGCACUCUAGCGUUCACCGAGAACAUCUGGUUGUACGGUGGCCUGGCUGUCUUUGGUGGCUUCACCCUGUAUGAUGUCCAGAAGGUGCUGAACCAUGCCCGCCUUGCCGAGCGGGGUUUGAUUAAGAGGGAUGCUGUCAACGAGAGUAUCAGCCUCGAGCUCGACUUCCUCAACAUCUUCAUCCGCAUGAUCCAGAUCCUGAUGAUGCAAAACAACAGGAGGAAGUAGGUUCCCAAACACAAUUGUACAAACUUAAAAGCCAGUAGGGCUUGUCGGAGAAAGCUGAAAUACAGCUCAGGAAACUUAGAAUGGUAAAGGAAAGCAUACAAGGUAUUUGCUGCUGCCGCUUCUGAUUUCAAACUCUCGGAAACGGAUUUCGAAGAGUCAGGCCCAAAUGGGGUAUUGAAACAACAAGAACUAGAUAUUAACUUGUACCACCCGAAAACUCCUCUCCUUGAUGUAUAUACGAG